GGAAGUCGUCAACCGCUGCACAACACUGAUGCAGGAGUUGGCGGAGAAGAACAAGCUGAAGUCUCACAUGAAGGUGCCCUUCUUCUGCGCCCUGGUGGAGAUGGCAUGUCGGGAGGAGGGAAUCACCAAGACGGUGCACGACCUCGCGCAGGCCAACAGCGGCGCAUUCGCCAUGAAAGCCGAGGUGGAGCUCCUGCAGGUGCAGCCGCUGGAGGGCCGAGCCCUGCGGGCCAACUUCAAAGCUCCACAGGCCACCAAGGUCCUGGCAAAGUCCCUGGCCUUUGACGGCGUGCAGGUGACACUAGCACCCUUGCAGCGACUGCCUGGCAGCAAUGAGGCCACUUGUAUGGUCACCUGGCAAGGUGCCAGAGAGGCUCAUGCGGGCCAGAUUGAGGAGCACCUGCGAAAGCAAGUGGACGAGCUGAACCAGGCCAAGCAUGAGGAGAAGAUCGCCAAGAAUAUCGCCAAGCAGAGUCAGCUGCUUUGCAUCGACUUGGGUCGUACGCGCACUCGCAUCAGCUCCGUUGAGGAGGAUCUGGCCAAGCGCUAUGUGGCCCGUUUGGGUCUUGCGGCGCAGGUGGUGGCACCCGCAAUGCACAUCGCCAAUCAAGCCUUGCAGCACGACUUCGUGAAGCAGGGCAAGGGGUUGCUGGAGCACUCCCUGGCUGCGGCGGCCAUGGCCAGUGCCAUCUUCAUCGUGGCCUGGCUGCUGGAUGCGGAGAUCAAGCCCAGGCUGGCAGAUGUGGCCACGGUGGUGAAAGUCAGCGAGGGCUCCGUGCAGACGGCCUACCGGCAAAUGCGCGAGCAGAUUCGAAAACUGCUGCCGAAGGGCUUCGUGAUCCAGCACAAGCUGGGCGUGGAGGGCUUGCCGAAACUUGAGGAGAAGACCCGGAAGCGCUCCGCCGACUUGAUGUGACGUGGAGUUGUAGCAGCAGACCUGCGAGUGGGCCUGGGAGCAUGGGGGUGCCAAGCACUCCACCUAGCCCGGUUUUGCGGCGGACAGCUGAAGGGCCUUGCGGGGUGAACUUGUGCAGAGCCCCCCUUUGGUCUGUCCCAACAGCAGCUGGUUCGGGAUGCA